AUGAACAGCACGACCUGUCGAGAUACCACUUUCAUCGACCUCACCGGAGACUCCUCAGAGCCUGAAGACAUGACACAUGACGAUGAAGCAUACGCCAAGGCUCUUCAAGCCCAAUUUGACAACGAAGAAAUCCAGAUUGAGAGCAAAGCGCCUGCAAGAGACCGCUCCCUCAACGAUCUUUCCGCCAGCGUACCCUACAAUACCCGUGACGAUCAAGACGUGGCUCGUAAGCUUCCAGCCGAGUGGGAUGUUGAAGAUGGCCGCAAAGUCACUGAACCUUCCCGCAAACGCGUCGACUUGUCAAAGCCAUCACAGAUCCCUCCAGCUAUACCGAAAUCUACGCACUUUUCGGGAUCGCAAAUCAUGCAGGUCCAGGAGGUGCAGAGUUCCGUUCGCGGCCUUGCUCAGGCUUUAAAUAAAGUCAAGUGUACGUGCAAGAGAUCGCCCCUGAAAUCCGAAUCCGACGUCUUGAAGCUUGCGGAAACAGUACUUGCAUUGCAUCCCGACAGCUGUAUACAUUGUUCCUGCGGCCAGAUGAUACACUGUGAAGAUGACGAGUUGGUCAAGAUAUGGGCAUUACUAAGCCUGUUCGACGUGAAGUCCAAGCAGAACAGGCCGGAAAAGAAGCAAGCAAACCCAGAUUCAACAAGACCCGCAGCUUUUAGCAAGAAGAACGGCAACGGUACCGGCUACGGAAGUGAGGGCCGAGGCUAUUACCACCCCUUGGGUGGCGCUAGAGUCCCCCCCAAACCUGUUCAGCCAAAACGAAGCACACUGGACGAGGACGAUAGCAUGACUUCGGAAAUCAUGAGUUUUCUGAGUAAGUUGCUGCCCGACUACGACAGAGACAGCAAGUUCGAUCGUGACGCUCCUGCAAAGCAGCUGCAAUCCCUGUUCCUCUGCAGUUCCAUCUUGGAACGUGCGGCAGAACUGCUACGAAACAACGAUCUCGAGGACGUCACGAAUCGAGCUACACUGUAUGUCAGUUUGAUCCAGUUCGUCAGAAGGCUCUCUGGUCACUCUUCCACCAGCUGCCUUACAUUUGGGCAGCGGCUCGUACGAUCUCCAGGAGUUGAUGUCUUCAAAGUGUCCGUUGGUAAGGCAAAUCUCAUCGAAUCGAGAGACCUCGAUACAACACAGCCUCUGGCACAUUGUAUGGCAGAUCUGGCGAUUCAAGCAGACAUGAUGCUCAGAUCUGUUCCGGGUCAGGAUUCGGCGGAUCUCCAAGAGGUGCAACUUUUCCAUGCCAUCAAGGAGCUGAGCGGGUUCAUUGCUGCCAACUCUAGCGCGGAGAAAGCUUCGAAUGGCAACAAGAACAGCUGGCACAAGCAACUUGCGAUUCUUGAUGUGCCGGAUGACCUUAUCAUGAGGAGCCAUAAGUUGGCGGCCAAGCCGGAUCAAGGGACUCUCAACUCCGUUCCUGGACGCAUGAAGCGAAUUAUGAAGGAUCUUGCCGGACUGAAGGCUAGCUUGCCUGAUGGUAUUUUCGUCCGGCAUUGUACCUCGCGUCCGGACAUUAUGAAGGUCCUGAUCGUGGGCCCGCAAGGGACUCCAUACGAGAACGGGCUCUUCGAGUUCGACCUUCUUUGUCCGCCAAGCUAUCCAGUGAGCCCACCGCAAAUGCAUUUUCGAACCACAGGAGGCGGAACAGUGGGCUUCAAUCCAAAUUUGUACACCGACGGUAAAGUGUGUCUAUCACUCCUAGGCACAUGGACCGGAGAGCCUUGGAAUCCAGCCCAAAGCACUCUGCUGCAAGUGCUUGUCAGCAUCCAGGCCAUGAUAUUCUGCGAAAAGCCGUGGGAAAAUGAGCCAGGUCGAGAGAAUUAUCCGAACGCGGAAUGCUCGAACAAGAUGUACAACCAAUCGCUCUAUCCCCACACCAUCCGCACAGCCAUGCUGGAUUGGUUGGAAGGCCGUCAGCAUCCAGCUGCCCACAGAAGACAUCUCCGGAUGCCAACAGAAUUCCGUGACCCUCUGUCGCCACCCAGCAGCACAGAUGACAGCGUCUGGACGGAGAUUGCGAAGAAGCACUUCGAAUCGUGUGAAGGCGACAUUAUACAGACAGUUGGAAAAUGGGUGUCCGAGACGGUCGCACAUCGCGAUCAGUCCUCGAAUCUCCGAUCUGUACAACUACCAAACCACCUGCCUCCUAAUAGCAAUAUCGACUACGGCAAGUUCGAUGGAAAUGCGUGGAGUGGGUUCCAACCUAGUGGACACUUUCCCUCGCACCACGGACCGGAAGGUACUCUUGCCGGACCUUCUGCUGGCUCACAUUUAGGGGGCAUCCCUGUGAACUCUGCAUCAGCAUCCACCAAAGUCCCCAAGUUCCAGCCUGCUAACAGUGGGCAGGCCAAUGCCUAUCAUGGCCCUGCCCAUACUUCAGCGGCAACUUUCGGGAGCAAUCCGACGUAUUUGUCGCCACUGGCAAUGCAAAACCAGUUGCCCUACGCGUACGGUGGCGGUAUGCCGGCUCCUGGAAAUCCACAAGCGCCAAAACCUCCAUCACUGUUCGGAGUGCCUACUCCAUUCAAUGGCCAGGGACACUCUCUGGUUGAGCCAUCUACUGCGUUCUCUCCGUAUCACCCAAUGCAAUCUGCGCUACCCGUCAAUUUUUCAAAACUUCCACCACCUCCGCCGAUUUCCGGCCGAAACGGUCAUCUGAGGAAGGAGAUGCUAGUUCAGAGUGCGGAAAAGAAGCAGGCUCAGGCUACCACUUUGGAAGGAGAGAAUCUGGUGCAGAAAUUACAAGGAGCGCUGGAUAGACUGCGGAAGAGAGUUGGUCCGGUUCCUUAUUACUGA